AUGGAAGACAUUAAGGAAAAUCUAAUUCCCAACCUACACUUUGCGGAAAACGACGAGGAAGAACUGGCAGAAGAGAUUGGACUACCGCGACGUCCGACCAUUCCAUCGCUGCUGCAACGGAAUUCCCAAAUAAACCUGCUAGAACAGAUGGAUCACAACGGCGAGCAGAACAAGCUAAAUGAGCUGCGGCAACGGAAGGGCACGGUGCGUUUCACCCAAUCGAAAGUCACCCGGCAGGAAAAGGCACAGCCACCGGAUGAACAAACGCCGUUCGGGGAAAGCCUUAUGGUGCUGGAGUUCGGCGAAAGCGCUCCGAUUGAAGCGAUCCAAUGGAUCAUGGACAAGAUCCGCGGGCGCCGGGUUGACGGAGGUUUAGAACUGCUCGUACGAAAAGAACCGCUAAGCAAAGAUAGUCAAACGAUCAUAUUUCACAUCUCCGCCACGCACAUGAAGCUGCUCGAGAUUGCGGACGAUAUGGGCUUCAUGAAGCGCACCAAAUCCGGCAUCAUCCGCAACUUUAACGUUGCCUGUUUGGAUGAGUUUUUCUACGACGAAGGAAUGGCGCUGGAGGACAUUCUAACGCCAGCCGAUCGGCAGAUAAUUAUCAAGCAUGCGCUGGAAUCGAUCAAGGCGGCCGAUGACGAGCAUCGGAUACCGGGCACCAAGACCAUACUUUACCACGGUCAAUCGAUCAUACAGGCGGCACAGAGUGCGGAGCUAAUCGGCAAUCUGUACUCCCUGCACGAUAAGCGAACGUUGAAAGAGCUACGCCAUCGAUGGAUAAAACCGACGCGCGUUCAACCGAUCGAUGAGAUUCGCGACUACUUCGGUGAGAGUGUCGGGAUGUACUUUUCCUUCCUUGGGUUCUACACGUACGCGCUCGUUGUGCCAACGGUGUUCGGCUUUCUGCAGCUCGGCCUAUCGGAGGAAACGGAAACCGUACCGUUCUUCUGCGUGUUCUACGUCGUCUGGAUGAAGGUGUUUCUGGAGCUGUGGAAGCGCAAAAGUUCAUCCCACGCGUAUCGCUGGGGUACGAUCACGAUGACGAAUCUGGACGAACCACGGCCCGGUUAUUACGGGAAGCUUGCGCGUGAUCCCAUCACCGGCAAGUGGACGCCCCAGUACCCAAAGUGGAAAACGUACGUCCAGAUGUACUGCGUAACGGCACCGAUCAUCCUGCUGUGCAUGGGCAUUGCCGCGUUUGUAACGAUCUUUCAGUUUUACGUCGAGGCGGAACUAGCCGUACUGUUUGGCCCGGAUGCGUACAUUAUGUACCUGCCGUCGGUGGUGAACGCUAUCUACAUUGCCGUAUCGACGCUGGCGUACGAUCGGCUAGCGACGUACCUCACCGAUAAGGAGAACCAUCGCACGCAAAGCCAGUACGAGCGGCACCGUGUGAACAAGCUGAUCGUGCUCGAGUUUGUGAACAAUUUCCUCUGUCUGUUCUACAUCGCGUUCAUACUGCAGGACAUGAAGAUGCUCAGAACACAGCUGAUGAUGCAGCUGAUCGUACUACAGUUCCUGCAGAAUGUGUUCGAAAACCUGUACCCCUACUUGAAGAAGAAGGUUGGCCUCAAGAUUGUACGACUGUUUGUGAAGUCAAAUUACGAGAAGCUGAAGCAAGCACACGAAUCGUACGACGAAAUGGGACUGCAUUCGCUGGACGACGAUGAUCCGCGGGUACUACAGAACCGCAAGGAAACGAUCCUGGAAGAGUACAACACGUACGACGAUUACCUGGAGCUGUACAUACAGUUCGGGUACGUAGUGUUGUUUUCCUCGGUGGCUCCCCUGACGGCUUUCUGGGCCAUUCUGAACAAUGUGAUCGAGAUACGGCUCGAUGCGUACAAGCUGUGCAGCUUCUUCAAGCGACCGUUCGCACGCCGUACGAAAAACAUCGGUGCCUGGCAGCUGGCAUUCGAAACGCUGGCCGUGAUCUCGAUACUGACCAACUGUGGCAUUCUCUACCUUUCGCCUCAUAUGCGUGAGCUUGGUGCCGGUUUCAGCCGUGAGGCGUACACACUUACCUUCCUGAUUAUCGAACAUGUGCUGCUUGGGCUAACCUGGUUCAUCUACAAAGCCAUCCCGGAUACACCGCACUGGGUGCGUGUGGCAUUGGCAAAGGCCGAACACGAAUCGCGCCAAGCACUGAAACGAGAGAAUGCACAACGAUCUCGCAACGUGCUGUUUCGCAGGUUUCGUAGCGUAUACGAUACGCAUUCGAUGCUGAACUAA